AUGGCUUCACCAGCGACAACCACCAUAGGGCGCGAGAGCACACCCGCCAUCGCGGCCGACACAGAUCCUCCAACCCUCAACUCUGUGGCCGAAAAGGAGCUCUCUGCAAGAUGCAAGCCGCAUGCGUUUGCGUACUGUCCGAACAUGGACCUGGUCGCCGUCGUGACUGAGGACGAGCAGGUGAACGUCUAUCGGCUGAACGGGCAGCGAGUGUUUGGCGGGGCGUAUGGGCUGGGAGAAGACGACGGAGAGGGAGGGCUGGUGAGAGCAAUUGGGCUGAAAUGGAAGGAGAAUGGACGCGUGCUGGCCGUUGCAUGCUCAGAUAAUAAUAUACGCCUGCUGAGCUCGUAUAGUGGGAAGAUGGUGCAUAUACUCAAGGCACAAUCACCGCCUAUACCGUUCUCCUUGCCGCAGCGGCCUCCUGGAACCGUUUCCUGCAUUGGAUGGGGGGUCAGCUUCGCGGAGACGGGGAGUCUAUUGAAAAACUUGAAGGAUCCAGAAGGAAAGCUAUCCCUGGACGACCUUUUGAUGUCUGAUGCGAAGCUAUCCUCCCACCUAGGUUUUCUCAAGGCAGAUUUGCCCCGUGAACUAUCGUUGUUGGAUAUUGAAGGGUCGCUGCCGAAGCUCAGCACUUUACCAUCCACAGGUGACGACGACGAUGUCUUUAGUAGUAGAGUAUCGCUUGAUUCUAUUUUCCACUCCCCUGUGAAGAACCCAGGGGAUUCUGUGGAUGUGUUGCUCGCCGGGCUGGACGAUGGGUCAAUCCAUAUGAGAAUAUUCGAGAGUUUCGAGAUCGGUUCAAUAAAUGUUUCCAACUCAUUGAAUGGCCCGGGGAAUGAUAACAGCAGUAACAGCAGCACGAGCAACUACAAAGCUCUGGCUCACGCCUCCCAUCCGAUGAGUUCGACCCAUGCGCUUCUCUUCCAGAACGACGACGGAAUGAAACUCCUAGACCUGGACUUACGGUUCAUCACCAAGGCAGGCCGAUACCUACCCUUGCUUGCAUCGAAGGUGACACAGCUGCAGAACCUACUACGGUACAUCAAGCAAGUUCAAACACAGAUCCACCUAGAGUGGAAGACUGCACGGGAAGUACCUAUUCGGUACCUACGCGUAGUGAGCGAGGAAUUACAGGAGCAGUGCAAUUGUGAUUUUGUCACCGCUACAUAUCAUCUAAUCGUUACGGGGGAUUGUUUCCCACCCCUGAAGGAGUUCCUUUCAAUAGUGAUUGGGGAGAGGGGCCAUAAACGCUGGGAAAAGGUUGUGACUGGCGGUUAUGAAUCUCUCCGACGGCUUACCUAUGAAUGUCUGAUGCCAGCCCUGGAACGCUGUGGCGUACUCCUGAGUAGGCUCAUGGGACUCUCAAAAUAUCACCGCAUAAGCCCUAUCUUAGGCCUCGAAACGACGUUCCUAAAGGAAUGCGUUGCGACUCUAGACUGCCUGAGCCUGUUGGCACACAAGGUCGUGCUCCAUAGCGGCGUAGAGCUAAAGGAGUUCCAUGCGUUUGCAGAUUGGAUGCAACAUGAGAUUAAGCUGCAGGCUGCGGAUCCGUCGUCCUCAACCGUGGAUGAGCUGAUGGAAAAGGCAGAUGCGGUCGACUACGGAAUGACGUUGCGGUAUGUGAAGGGGGCGCUGACAUCUAGUGCACUACAAGGGUUCAUCCAGGUGCCCGAUCCGGACGGUGAGAAGCGAUGGGAUAUUGAUGUGCACGACGGGACCUUCUACGAGGAAUAUAAAAAGGCAGUCUCUCGCUAUGAGUCUCAGGGGACGGUUGAAGGGCUGUCGAUACCUAUGCUAGGCGACCUGACGGCUCGACUGGCAGCGCAGUGUGACAGGGUGUUCAAACAGAUUGCAGAGACGCAGCGAAGGGGGACGCUGUUUCGGUCUACGCUCCAGCUGAGCGAAGACUGUGACAAUGUCGUCCUUGACAUGGCAAUGAACUUUGAGGAGUAUGAGGGUGAGAGUCUAUCGUCCGUCUAUAUUGCGUCGAAAUCGCGGACCAUCCCGCAUAGAUUUUAUAUCUACCGGAACAUUCUCACCGUCGUAAACGGCGUUAGUUCGACCAAGGCCAGCCACCUGGCGACGGUCGACCUUGGCUCAGGAAGCAUCCGCGACCUCAAGUUCGUGGAGGACGGCACCUUGAUGCUGCUCUGGAGUUCGAAAGCAUCCUGGCACCUCGUCAGCGUUCCCUAUCUUGCCAGCAAGCAGGCCAGGCUCGAGAUAGACUUCGCAUCCGUCGACGGAGGCCUGGUUACGAGCCUCGAUGUCCCGGACCGGCUGGUUUGCCACGCAUUCUCCCAGACAGCCGAGCGAGAACCAGCGCAUCUCGAGGUCAACGGGCGCAGGGGACGGCGAGUCGUGUGCGUUUUGUAUGCAGACGGACAACGGUACUCUGUCCUCGACCUGGACAGCGCCCUGGACUAG